ACGCGUUGCUGUAAUCUUGUCCUUUGCCAUUACAACUACGCGUUCAGGAAUGGAAGUUAUUGAAGAAUUGCGGGAGGAAGAACUCAUUUCCUUGCUUGCACAGACUAUAUGUUACGGAAGACAAUUGUUUCCACCAGACGCGUUUGAACAAAUUUACAAAAAGGCUGUUUACGGAAACCCCGAAGACGACUCUGUUUUGUGUUUUCAUGUGCUAAAAAACAACUACAAUUCACAAGUCGAAGACUUUCUUUCGGCAAUGAAUGCGCUGAGUGGCAUUGAGAAGGAUUCCCAACAGCUUUGUAUUCAAAUUACAUUAUUUAAAGACGAAGGAUGCCCUAUCACUUCCACCAUAUAUAGUUUUAUCUUUCUGGAUGGACGUUUUGCUCGUUUAAUGAUUCAGCACGAAGAAAAAGAACAAAGUCUGGAACGGGAUGUAUCUAUCGUUGAAUUUAUUUCACAAUUAUGCUCGCAAUUGAGACUUAUGAAAUUAAAAGAUACGGAUUGUUCAUACAGAGAACUGCAAUUGUUCCUGGUGUAUUUAGACAACUCUAGUAUUACUGUGGAUGAUUUGGAAAAUAAGUUUUGUAAAAUGGACGAGGAUGCCACUGACUCCUUUUUUAAUCAAAUAACAAUUGCUCCCGAACACUGGCAGCUAACUCGUGAAUGCUCACCUGUUAUGGAGGAAGAACCGCAGCAAAUGCAAGAAGACAAUCUUUCACAAACAUCAGUAUCAUUAAAGGUUGAGAGCGAGUCUCAACAAGACUCACAGUACCUUAUCCAGAUGCAGCUGGACCAGUUCUUGAACGGAAACAAUGCGACCAGUUGUACACAAGGACAAGAUAUUCAGCCUACACAACCGGUGGAUACACUCUUCGACGCGCCUGCUAUUCCAUACAGUCCUCCCACUUCAUCUUCUCUCCCCAGUAUUCAUUUCGCAGAAUUGGAGGCAUCAACUGUGGUUCUGCCAUCAUGUAAACAGGUUGGUUUAACAGAAAGGCACGGGAUGUCGCAGUCUAAUGGAAUGCCGCUUAUAACAGAGUUAAUGAACCCAACAACAGAGAAACCAUUAACACCCCGUUCUGACGACAGAAGAGCAAAGAUGACAAAAGACAGGAUUUCCUGUGAGUGUGGUGACAACUCGGAGGAUCCGGAAAUGUUUCAAUGUGCCAAAUGCGAGGGAUGGGUGCACUGUAGCUGCUACGGCUUCGAAAGUGACAUUGACCCACGGCAACCGGAUGAUAUAUGGUGCUAUCGAUGUCUGUUGAUGGAGUCCGACGAAAAGCUUUUUGCCAAGCUCACUGCCGUGUGUGCAUACAGAAGAGCAAUAAAGUGUGCCUGGGUGUAUGGUCACCAGGGUUGGCGACUGCUUGCCCGACGGUUGAACUGCCGAGUGGCAGCAGCCAAAAGCUUGGAGACGCGUAUGCUGGAAGAGGGAAUUCUCCAAUGCAACUCCCGACCAAAACAAAAGAAAGUGUUUUAUACGGUAAAGACUCCGGAGAUGAUCGAUUUUGUUCGUCGGAACUACUUUACACCGUCGCGGUGGAUUUCUCAUCUACGUUAUAAAAACUUUAAACCCGAAAACCAAAUCAUCAAACGCACAUUUCUCAACGUUGCUUCAACCAACAAUGAUGUGGAUCCAUCCGCCCUUCUCAAACGCACUGAAUCACCGACAUUAAAACCGAUGCGAAUAUAGGAAUUUCUGGGAGUUUGACAAAACAAACACUGAUCAAAGAUAUUUACUUGAGAUGACUGCUAUUUACAACAACUAGUUAAUUAUAUAGUGCAAUUUAAAUUAAGCUGGAGCUACAAAUUGGGACUUCGUAGCUUUGAAUAUAAGAAUGCCGAAAGAGACCCCGCGGUUCGCUAAGAUAAGAUAAUGCAUUCACAUCAUGUGACCACUCUAUAUCCUCAUCC